AUGGCUUCUUAUCUUUUCAUUCUCUUUCUUCUUCUUCUCUCCAUCGGCCUCAGCCACUCACUACCUACUCUUCUCCAAAUCACCAAAGAUCUCCACACCCACCAGUACACCACCCAAUUGCUCAUCGGAACUCCUCCACUUCCCACCAAACUCGUCCUCCAUCUCUCCGGUCAAUCCCUAUGGCUAAACAACUGCCCCCCAUCUCGGACCUUCCUCAGCCAUGGCUCCCUCCAAUGCUUGAUGGCUGGUCCAUCUCCCAGUUGUCAGGUUCCCCAACACAACCCCAUCACCGGAGACACCACUUUCGGAGAUCUCGCCCAGGAUAUAGUCUCCGUCGAUGGUAUGACCCUUGAAAGCUUUUUGUUUUCGUGUUCGCCGGAAUAUUUAGUCAAAGGCCUGGUCAACAGUGCCAAAGGUGUGCUGGGUUUCGGAAGGUCAAAAGUUGCGUUUCAAUCUCAGAUGGUCAACGCUUUUGACUUCCCCAGAAAGUUCACUGUCUGCUUGUCUUCAUCGGACGGAUUUAUAAUUUCCGGCGCCGGGAUCUCUAAAUCUCUGUCUUACACUCCGUUGAUGUCAGUGGAUGGGUACUAUGUGAAUGUGAAUUCCAUCAAAAUUAACGGUAGGAAAUUGGGUGUAGGGCAGCCCAUAGGAGGUGUAGAAAUAAGCUCAACGGUUCCUUACACUGUCAUGAAGAGCUCACUUUAUGAAAUCUUCACAAAAGCUUUUGUUACGGCCAUGAACAUGACUGUGGUGUCUCCGGUGGCGCCGUUUGGGGUGUGUUUUCCUUCUCAGGCAACUGUGCCCGAGAUCCAAAUGGUGAUGCAGAGCCAACUCGUCAAGUGGAGGAUACAAGGGCGGAAUUCGAUGGUGGAAGUCAGUGAUUCGGUGAUGUGUUUGGGCUUUGUCGAUGGCGGUAUGGGUAUGACCGGUUCAGUUAUUUUAGGGGGGUAUCAGUUGGAGGAUCAUAUCUUGGAGUUUGAUUUGGGGACGGGUAUGAUGGGGUUUAGUUCUUCCUUGUUAAACGAGGGAGAUAGUUGUUCGACACUUAGGGAAUCAUUGUAA